CCCUCCCCUUCUGCCCGACUCUCCCACACUCUAUCCACACACACGGCCAACCUACCGACGUGUGUCUGAGCUGUCCGGUUGUGAGGAGAAGAAGGUUGAGCAGAGCCCGUCGGAUUGCCCAGAAAAGUUCACCAACCGACCCAACCGACAACCCCCCCGGGUAGAGAAUAACAGAAGGAGAGGCAGCAAGAGAGAGAGAGAGAGAGAGACAUACAGGAGGACCGAGGGAACCCAGGAAGACACAGCGUCGUAGCAGGAGUGUUGACAUCUGAAGGCCGCUUGUUUUGCGUGAAGAUGGCCUCAUACACGGUGACUCUGACCGGCCCCGCGCCAUGGGGCUUCAGGCUGCAGGGUGGGAAGGACUUCAACAUGCCCCUCACCAUCUCCAGGAUAACCCCCAGUAGCAAGGCAGCAGGUGGCAGCCUGUCACAGGGAGACAUCAUCUCGGCCAUCGACGGCCACAGCACCGAAGGCAUGACUCACCUGGAGGCCCAGAACAAGAUCAAGACCGCCAGCAGCAAGCUGGCACUCACCAUGCAGAAGUCAAGACGUCCAGUUCUAAUUCCCACAGGCACUCCCAGAAUGGAGUCACCCAUGCCAAUCAUCCCCCACCAGAAGGAGAUGGAAGAGGAUGUGAAGAUGGAGGACUCAGAGUCCUCUGGAAGCUGCCUUGCCAAAAGUCCCACCAGGAGGAUUCUCUUUCAAUCCCCGGAGAAAGAGCCCGGUCCAUUUCGUCCUUUCGUAUCUACGGCUAAGUCGACUGCUUCACCAGCAUCGAGUGCAGCCUCUCCUCCCGGGCAAAGAGGGCAGUAUAAUUGCCCCAUUGGACUUUACUCCGCCCACAAUCUCAGGGAGAUGGCCUUGAUGCAGUGCAAGCUAGGAGAGGCUGAGCCAGCGGCCGGUGGCCAUCUGUGUCUCCCAGGAGGAGCGCUGCCGGUCAAAGACCCAGUGAUCGACUGUGCCUCCCCAGUGUACCAGGCCGUCAUCAGGCCAAACGCCCGCAGCGAGGACAUGGCUGACUGGGCCCACGGCGCUACCAACCUACAGUCCAAGAGCUUCCGGAUGCUGGCCCACAUCACAGGCACCGAAUACAUGCAAGACCCAGAUGAAGAGGCCCUCCUGAGGUCGAGAGAGAAGUUCGAGCAUGAGGUCAAGGGUCCCCGCUUCGCCAAGCUGAAGAACUGGCACAACGGACUGUCCGCACAGAUCCUCAACAUCCAUUAAGAUGGAGAUCACCGUGGGACAAGGAACGCAGAAGUAAAAACGCACCUGGAUAACAGAAGGACGGAGAGACGAAUCAAGGGAAAGAAGAAAAUAUGGAGUGGAAACGACGGAAUAGAGAAGGAAACGAAACAGGAGUAUAGGCAACUCCUGCUGAGGAAUGAGCGUUAAGCAUGGUAGCUCUGUUAGACUAGUAGAAUGCAAGAUUAUUAACGGUUAGUGUGAGAGUGUUUUUGUCGUUGUUCAUCUGUUAAUAAAACUCAGUAUUACCUGUACCUGUCCGUUGUGGCUAUCGAUAGUGCUAAGACCUGACCGAGCUUUUUGUGAUAUUUUCUGUUAUUUUCUUUAGUUUUCUUUUGUUUCUGUCUGGCCCUGUUUUUGAAAGAGAUCUGUCCGAAAAACGAUGACCCCCAUCCAUCCGAACUUCCUACUGCUAAGACGCAACAGAGCUUUAGUAACUCAUCUAUUUUCUUUAUUUUGUUUUUUCUUUAUUUUAUUAUUUUUUUGGGGGGGUUGUCUGGCUCUGUUUUUUUUGGAAAGAAAACUGUACAAAAAGUGAAAUUGUAAGAAAAAGUUAUUUGUGCACCUUUUAUGUACUGCCAUGUACGAAACACACGCACCAACAUGUUGGCUGCGUGAUUUAUCUACUGAAGAGCCUAUACCGAAAGAAAAAGAACUGAAAUAAAGCUAACUUCACCAUGUGUGCAAAAAAGGUAUGUGAAAAUACCAACAACAUGUACUGACAUCAAUGUGAAUAAAUUUUUUCUCUAAACUA